AGUCCAGAUUUCUCUUCUCGAUUGUUGGGCGGUGUCAGCUAGUAGCUUUGUACACUGGUGUUCGUGCCUCUUCACCGGUACACGUUUUGAGUAGCCUAAAUAAGACUACUUUCGGACGUCAGAAUGAAAGGAACGUCGUCCAGAACAUGAUCAUCUAAACUAAUUCUCAAAAUAACAUUUACGGAAUUAUUAGUCAGGCACUGACCUAAAUGGGUAAAUUAUGCGCCGGUGCCACCUCUGGUGUAAACCAACCUAUACAACUAUCCAAUAGUCUGCAGCCUGCGCCAUCCAAUCACAAGCCGGAGUAUGGAUUUUAACACGUAGCGUAAACUGUUUAGGUAACUGAUUCUAAGAAUUCCUAAAAACGUCGAUUUUGUUUUUCUAGAAGGCAGUUCCGCCCAUAGACUACAUUUAGUUGGACAUUUUAUUAAAUAAGCCACAUUGUCAUCUGAGACGUUGCUCUGACUCCCGACGGAUAAGAGCGAUCACUGUUUGACACUGAUUUUGUGUAGAGAUCAGUUCAAAAAUAACCCCAACAUGACUUCUAAAAGUGAUGUUGGAAUUCCAAAAUGGGAGCGCAAAACGCGCAUAACUUUGUGCACAGUAGGCCUGGUGCUGUCAGUUUACGCUCUCCAUGUUGAACUUUCCCGAGAGAGAGAUCCUGAAUAUCGAGCGAUGUGUGAUUUGGGAGAUUCCGUUAGCUGUUCCAAAGUUUUUACCUCCAGAUGGGGACGUGGCUUUGGGCUGGUUCAGUAUUUCGCGGAAAAAGACAGUGCCCUUAACCAGCCAAAUAGUGUGCUGGGGAUCAUUUUCUACACCCUGCAACUCGCCUUGGGCCAGUCAGGCUCCGCCAGGGCAGCGGUCCUCCUGGUCGCAGCCUCCUGGGUCUCUGUUGCAGGCUCCCUCUACCUGGCCAGCAUCCUGGCCUUUGUCCUGGGAGACUUCUGCAUGGUCUGUGUCUCUACCUACGUUGUCAACUUCGCCCUGCUCUACACCAAUCAGAGGAGACGGACGGGGAUGGAAGGAGCCAAGGAGAAGACUGGGUAGAGAGUGCUGGUUACGAGAUGCGUCUAGCUAGUCUAGUGGAUUCAGGGAUGAGUACAGCAACAACAGAGUGAGAGGUGACAGGUUGUAAUCCCCCUCCCUUUACAUUGCUAUGAACAUAAACAUUUGGUAAAUUAACUUGUUAGAUUAGAUUGCCCCCUUGUCUUGUGCUCCUUCCUCAGGAACAGAUCUGACUGUGCUUGAUAAGUGUAGGUCUGUCCUCUGAGAAAGCUUUGUGGACUGCUUCUACCUCCUCAGAUCACAGGGAAUAAGGAGACACUGAGUGGGUGCUAGGUAAAACCCUCCUUUAUCGUCGGAGGAAACACAUGUGAUGUAGUACAACUAUUUAAUUCUGUCUUAUGUGCUGUAUAAUUUUUUUAAACUUCAGCAUUCAACUCAGUCAUGCACGGGAUCGACACAGUAAACCUGUUGACCAAACACAUUAAAUAAAAUAUGAUGAUCUGG